AUGGAGCAGCAGCUCAGGCAGACCUGGGGAACAGCAGCUCAAGUAGACCCAGGGAGCAGUAGCUCAGGCAGAAUGCAGGAAGCAGCAGCUCAGGUAGACCCGGGGAGCAGCAGCUCAGGGAAGUGCAGCCAUGGAGGGCUACUUGAUUUCACAAGAUUGAACAAUGCUAAAGGGGGCAUUAACAAGGACGGUUCCCUUGAACUAUUCUCACCACACUACUAUCUGCAUGGAAAGGCGGUCGAUGUAGCAACAAAAGCCACUAUCAACUUCUUCAGAGACCUCAGGGGUGAAGUGGAUAAUGACCUUGUUUUUGGCAGGUAUAUGGGAUAUGAGCAAACAACAUCAAUAGGGUUUGUAAUUGACAGCACUGGCAGCAUGGGGCCCUACAUUGAUGGUGUUCGCAUGGAAGUCUUUAGGAUCAUUGAUGAACGUGCCAAAAACGGGGAGCUGCCUGCCAUGUUUAUGCUUGUACCUUUUAAUGACCCGGAUUUCGGUCCAGUUUAUGUCUCUAAAAAUGUAAGCCAGAUCAAAAGCUGGAUUUCAGAAAUAAAUCCCAACGAUGGAGGAGAUGAGCCAGAGAUGUUUUUUUCUGGUUUAAUGCUAUGCCUGAGCGCCAUUGAGCCACAGUCAGAGAUAUUCAUCUUCACGGAUGCAUCUGCAAAAGAUGCGGAUCUGCAGCCACAAGCAGCUGCAAUUGCAGAGAAAAAGAAAUGUAAAGUGAACGUUGUGGUAGUGAGAACUCCAGGUUACAGACGCUUCUUUGACAAUCAGAGAAACUUCCAGCGCAAACGAAGAAGCAUAAAUGCACUUUCCUAUUACGACGAAAUCGCAUUUAGCUCUGGGGGUUUGGCUUUGCAUCCCACGAGUUCGGAAUUUCAAUCUCUGAUGGUCGUAAUUGGCGACCUAAGCAAGACACAGCAGGUUAACAUUUUAAAUGUCCGUGAUGUUGAUACAACCAACAGCACCGUCUUCAGAUUUCCAGUUGACAGUUCCACGAGCAACAUUGUCAUUUUUUAUACUGGGGCCCUCUACACUUUGACCAACAUUACAAUUUCAGAUCCAUCAGGUACAAGGGAUGAUGCUGUUGCAGGAAAUACUACCCUUUUAUCGACGCAAAUAUCUGGAAACAACUUCAUCAUGCAAUUGAGGGAGCCAAAAGUGACUGGAAUUUGGCAAAUUCAAAUCACGUCAGCGGGACUUUCUAGUUUACGUAUCAUCGGACAAAGUUCCUUGAAUUUCAUCUACAAAUUUGGAGUUGAAGAUGAUGUUGGACCGCACCCCGGCAUAAGGGUUAUCACGAAUAGACCAUCAGCAGGCGUACCACUCCUGGUGGAAGUCACCAUUACAGGUGAAGACGCCAGCAGUGCUGUUGCUGAGACACUGACACUGCUAUCACCUGAUGGUCGACCUCUCCAAACGAUCCUGCUGAACGACACAAGCCCAGGAGACUAUAUUGGAAAAAUUGACUCCCUCCCAGAGGAGCAGUUCUCUGUGUAUGUCAGCGGGAAGGACUCGAGAAAUGACACCUUUGGUCGAGUAUUUCCAACAGUUUCUCAAGUCACCACGAUAACACUGCAGAUUGUUUCACAAGAGCUCUACCCCAAACUUAGCAAUGGCACUCCGGCCUAUCUCAACAUCUCCGUCACCAACUCUGGUGAUGCAGACACAUUCGAAGCUACAGCCAGUUCAGACCCUGGCUUCAUUGUAACCAUUUUCCCUUCGAACAGAUUCAACAUCAACAAGAACAGCUCCGUGAUUUUAACGCUGAAACUGGAAGCCAAUUCCACAGUGGGAAUCGGAAUGUUUGGUACAAUUUCACUGGUAGUGCAGGGAGCAAACUCGACGUCCAACUUCAUAGUCACUCAAGCCGAAAUUAUAAAGUACAAUGAUGAUGCGUGGCCUCUAUGCGAAACUUUGGUGAAAAACAAAUGCAGCAAUAUGACUGAGUAUGCCAAGUGCCGAUCCAAUUUUUGGAACAUAACCAUCGGUUUUUAUGACACGGGAUCAGGAAUUAAAGCGAUUGAUCCUCCUGGCCUCAUGAAUGGCACCAUUGGUGUAGAUGUGUGGAAUGAAACUUAUUCCGGAGACUGCUGCAACACAACUCUGAGCAUCAGCGUUACGGACAUGGCAGGGAACACGCAUAUAUGCGCCUAUGACAUGAAGUAUGAUGAUGAGUAUCUUCCGACCUGCGAAACGCUGACCGAAACAAAAUGCCCCAACAAGCUUGAGAACGCCAAGUGCGAAUUCAGAACGUGGAACGCGACCAUCCGCUUCAAUGACACUGGGUCAGGAAUCAAAAUGAUAGAUCCACCUGGUGACAUGAGCAACAACGUUGGCGAGAAGACGUUGACCAAGAGCUUUUCCGGAGACUGCUGUAACACAAGUCUAAACAUCAGCAUCACAGACAUAGCAGGGAACACACGUGUGUGCUCCUAUGACAUGAAGUAUGAUGACGCAUCUCUUCCGACCUGCGAAAUGUUGACUGAAACAAAAUGCCCAAACAAGCUUGAGGGCGCCAAGUGCAAAUCCAGCACGUGGAACGCGAACAUCCGAUUCAAUGACACUGGGUCAGGCAUCAAAAUGAUAGAUCCUCCUAGUGACAUGAGCAACAACGUUGGCGAGAAGACGUUGAACAAGAGCUUUUCAGGAGACUGCUGUAACACAAGUCUAAGCAUCAGCAUCACAGACAUAGCAGGGAACACACGUGUGUGCUCCUAUGACAUGAAGUAUGAUGACGCAUCUCUUCCGACCUGCGAAAUGUUGACUGAAACAAAAUGCCCAAACAAGCUUGAGGGCGCCAAGUGCAAAUCCAGCACGUGGAACGCGAACAUCCAAUUCAAUGACACUGGGUCAGGCAUCAAAAUUAUAGAUCCUCCUAGUGACAUGAGCAACAACGUUGGCGAGAAGACGUUGAACAAGAGCUUUUCAGGAGACUGCUGUAACACAAGUCUAAGCAUCAGCAUCACAGACAUAGCAGGGAACACACGUUUGUGCUCCUAUGACAUGAAGUAUGAUGACGCAUCUCUUCCGACCUGCGAAAUGUUGACUGAAACAAAAUGCCCAAACAAGCUUGAGGGCGCCAAGUGCAAAUCCAGCACGUGGAACGCGAACAUCCGAUUCAAUGACACUGGGUCAGGCAUCAAAAUGAUAGAUCCUCCUAGUGACAUGAGCAACAACGUUGGCGAGAAGACGUUGAACAAGAGCUUUUCAGGAGACUGCUGUAACACAAGUCUAAGCAUCAGCAUCACAGACAUAGCAGGGAACACACGUGUGUGCUCCUAUGACAUGAAGUAUGAUGACGCAUCUCUUCCGACCUGCGAAAUGUUGACUGAAUCAAAAUGCCCAAACAAGCUUGAGGGCGCCAAGUGCAAAUCCAGCACGUGGAACGCGAACAUCCGAUUCAAUGACACUGGGUCAGGCAUCAAAAUGAUAGAUCCUCCUAGUGACAUGAGCACCAACGUUGGCGAGAAGACGUUGACCAAGAGCUUUUCAGGAGACUGCUGUAACACAAGUCUAAGCAUCAGCAUCACAGACAUAGCAGGGAACACACGUGUGUGCUCCUAUGACAUGAAGUAUGAUGACGCAUCUCUUCCGACCUGCGAAAUGUUGACUGAAUCAAAAUGCCCAAACAAGCUUGAGGGCGCCAAGUGCAAAUCCAGCACGUGGAACGCGAACAUCCGAUUCAAUGACACUGGGUCAGGCAUCAAAAUGAUAUAUCCUCCUAGUGACAUGAGCACCAACGUUGGCGAGAAGACGUUGACCAAGAGCUUUUCAGGAGACUGCUGUAACACAAGUCUAAGCAUCAGCAUCACAGACAUAGCAGGGAACACACGUGUGUGCUCCUAUGACAUGAAGUAUGAUGACGCAUCUCUUCCGACCUGCGAAAUGUUGACUGAAACAAAAUGCCCAAACAAGCUUGAGGGCGCCAAGUGCAAAUCCAGCACGUGGAACGCGAACAUCCGAUUCAAUGACACUGGGUCAGGCAUCAAAAUGAUAGAUCCUCCUAGUGACAUGAGCAACAACGUUGGCGAGAAGACGUUGAACAAGAGCUUUUCAGGAGACUGCUGUAACACAAGUCUAAGCAUCAGCAUCACAGACAUAGCAGGGAACACACGUGUGUGCUCCUAUGACAUGAAGUAUGAUGACGCAUCUCUUCCGACCUGUGAAACGUUGACCGAAACAAAGUGCUCAAACAAGCUUGCAGAUGCCAAGUGCAAAUCCAGCACGUGGAAUGUGACCAUCCGGUUCGAUGACACUGGGUCUGGAAUCAAGAUGAUAAAUCCACCUGGUGACAUGAGCAACAACGUUGGCGAGAAGACAUUGACCAAGAGCUAUUCUGGAGACUGCUGCAACACGGUGUUUAGCGUUGACGUCACAGAUGUGGCUGGGAACUUGCGUGUGUGCUCCUACGACAUGAAGGAAUCUAAGACAUCGGCAGGGUUUACUGUUUUCCAUAUUGGCAUCUGGGAAAUGGUCAUAUUGGCAUUUGGCCUGGCCCUAAGUGGGAUCACUAUUGUGAUGUGAUUUCAAAUGCUUUGACAUGUGUAAUGCAGGCAAGAAAUUAGUUUUAUUGUGGGAGAAAAUACUGUUGUUCUCUUCAUGUUUUGUGCUAUUAAUUUUGCCAACACAAGACCUGGAAAUAUAUUCACACUAACUCAGCCAAGUAUGGUGUGAGUGAUAAAUAAAACAGGGGGGAGUAACGUCUCCCCACGCUUAAAUACUGGUCGUGGGGUAAUUGUAUGGGCUUGCUUUAAAAUAUAUAUUUUUUAAUUAUACUCUGCACUACUUUCAUAUUUCUGGUAUAUAUAAUGAAUAUGGAUAGACGUGUUAAUGUAGAUAUGAUCAGCUGGCUAUCUCAGGAGACUCGUGCCUAUGAACCUGUAAACAGUUCAUGAAAAUCAUGCUGCACUAUUAUAAGUGGUGGUUUACAUGUUGCUUUUAGAGGUGAUUGUGUUAUUAUGUGGUCCCAUAGUUGGUUUGUUCACUUAUCUAAAUUAAUUUUAUGAUUUGUAAAUGUUACUUAUUACGUUUUGGUGUCGGGAUUUACAUUCGGUUGUAAAAUAUUUCUAAUAAAAAGUAAAGGGGGGUGGGGGCAGCUCAUUGUAAUGCGAGGGAGGCAUAUUUCAUGAGCCAGGAAGAUCCAAUAAACAUUUUAAGG